UUUAUAUGUAAAACGGAAGAUAUUAAUGAAAGAUUAUUAAAAUUGGUUAUAAAUCUAAUUAACAGUCCAGGUCUUGUAGAAGUAGACUACACAACAUACAGGACGUUAGGGACAGACUGAUAUAUAAUACAGUAACUAGGAGGAGAUAUGUCCAGCAAGGAAGAUGAAAACUGGUCUCUUUGGAUAGGCUCUACACUCGAUACUUUUGGAUUCAAACAGGAGAUUACUUCAUUUCGAUCACAUUGCUUCGAUGAAUUUUCCGCAAAUGUGAGUUCAAAGAGUGAGCAAAUAUAUCCAAUUAGGUUUUCCCUAGUAGGAAGUGCAGGUGAAGGAUUUAGACAUGGGAGGAGUGAUAUAGAUCUAUUAGCUGUAUUAAUAAAUACAGUAUGCUUGGACAGGCCAAUGGUAAAUGCUCAUUUAAAUACACUAAAGACUGAUUACUCAGGCACUGCUCCUGGCUACACGAAAGUAAUUCUUAUAAAUAAAAAGAGUCACGAUAUACGACACCCUUUUCAUUUCAAUACAAUGUAUAGAUCUACAGAAGGACACCCGUAUAUACCAAGUUCAGCAUUACAAUACAUCGCAAUUGACCUGGAAAUAAAUGGCCCUGCUUUAAGUUUAGAGAGUUUUCUCCAAUCAUAUAUUUUCAGUGAUAUGGAUUUUGUCUUUUCAUUCUACUUUGGAGGAAAAGAACAUUUACGUAAAUGGGCAAAAAGGUCUCGAUUUUAUACUUGGCCACAGCCCACAGUGCUAAAGGAAAUUUCCUCUAUGGAAGGGUACAUUGUGCCUGUAGGGGACAAACCAAGUGAUUUCCAAAGUUUAGAGUGGCGGAUAUGUUACACUACAGCAGAAAAGAAACUGGUUGGAUAUCUAAACGCUCAAGAACAGAAGUUGUAUAUAUUAUUAAAGAUGGUAUCUAAAACAAUAUUGCAACCGGUCUGCAAAGCAAUCACAUCAUAUGUUGUGAAAAAUGUUGUUUUCUGGAUAGCAGAGGGAACAGCUGAACAGCAGUGUUCAGUAAAUUGUCUAGUGUUUUUGUUGCAAAAAUCUUUGUAUUUUAUAAAAUACUGUCUUGAAAACAACCAUCUUCCAAAUUAUAUGAUACCAGAGAGAAAUCUUAUUAGAGCUGGGGUCUUUGGCAAAGAGAAGCAAUCAACAAUAGAUUUUCUUUCAGAACUGUUGAAAGAGGGUGGAGCCAUUAUUGUGAGAAUCCCAAAGUUGUACCAGUGUAUGUCUUACAUGGUAAGGAGUCCAGGCAGGGCUGUACAAUAUGGAAACUGGAGAGAUGAUGUUGAAAAACAAACUAUGAAGUUAAUUGUUCAAUUAAGUAAAAAUUGGACACCAUUUGUACCACUUGAACACCAGUCUUCCUUACUAACAGCAGCAUUUGAAGGGAAUAUUAUAGCAGCAUUGAAAUAUUUGAUGUUGUUAGUUCCAGAGCUUCCAAACAUGAUACUACAAGGUCAGUUUGAGGAAAUUAUUUACCUUCUUAAAGCCAGACUAGAGGCAACUAUGCUACUGUAACUAGAGAGUCUGCAAAAUGUGUAUGAACAAACAGUGUGUUUCCUUGUGUAACAGUUAUGCACUAUGAUGUAAUAUGUACCAUUUAUGAACUUAAAGGCGUACGCUAGAAUUCCCAGUUGGAGAUGGGAGAAAUUUUUCCCAAAAAUAGAAAUUCUUCGAACUUUGGAUAUUGAAGGACAAUCAUCUAUGAAACAAAAAUAUGCAAUAAAAAUCAUAAGUCACCGGUACUGAAAAAGUUAUCUGACCUUGAAAACGUCAUUUUUGGGAAAUUCUUCGCCUGAAUGCAUACGCCUUUAAUAUAUAUCAUAUUUAUAAACAAAUAUAAGUAUUUAAAAGUAUAAAUUGUUUCCCUUUAUAAAACUCUAGUAGAUAUGCAGUAUUGCAUUCCAAUUCUCACAAAAAAAUGGAGAGGUGGCAACACUAAAUUGACUAUGAUUGUUUACAAAUAUUACCUCUUCAUUUUAGAUGCAUU